AUGAAAUCGUCUCCUUUCGAAAAGAUCACGGAAGACGUCUCCGAAGCUGAGCCUCCAGCGUACGGUCAGGUUGACCAGCCUCCCCUAGUAUUACCGCCGCUGGACCUGUUCCAAACGGCCGGACCACCUGUUUGUUCGACGGUCACCCAAGACCAAUGUAUUGCUCAUCUCAGGUUCUUAGCAGCACUCGCCGAUCUACGCGACAACAUAACCAACAUCAACCCUCUAUUUCAAAUCAAUGAUCCUGACCCAGCUAUUUUUGGAGAUAGUACAAAUGAGGCAUUUGCUCGUGUCAAAGAAAAGCGAUGGGCUGUGUACACGGCCAGGGCGGUCGACCGCUACACGACUUGGUGGCAGGAGUGUAUUCAAUCUCCGGACCGAGCUCCCAAGCUCCAUGACCUGGAGGACGACAGUUAUGACUCAAUUACCGAGCAUCACAAGCCGUACAACUGGUCUCCGAAAACAAUGCCUCCUCUAGAUAUUCUGAUGGUGUGGCACGCACAUAUGCUGAACCCUAGAGUCUUUCUUGAAGACUGCAUUCGGGGAGGUGCCAUGGGCUUUUGGACGGCUGGUUUCCCUUGGGAACUUGUCAACUCCUGCAUCGACGAUCAAUCCUUGGAAUACCACGCUGGACAAGCAGCGGUAGCCCACUUUCAGCAGAAAACUGGUCUGCCUUGGGACAACUUAAAAUGUUCAUCGAAGAAGCCCCUCAGCUGUCCUAGCUGUAAGCACGAGCUGUCCGUGCCCUGGACCGAAGCUCAGAUAUCUGCCCCAGUCGAUGAAGCAUUUGAAAACUGUCGUGGCUUCGCAGAUAAAAAUUUCCAAAAGAAAUGUCCAGUCUGUAAAUUCGAAAUCACACACGAGACACUAAAGACCGAGAAGUUUCGGAAAGAUGUUAGGGCUUUCUGGGCUUCAGAUGUGCCGAUGCCUGGAACGUUUUAUGAUGUUAGGGGUGUUCCAAAGGCCGCCACAAUCUCGAGUCGAAAGAAGAGACAGUCCCUGUUCCCUAAUCGUUUAAUCAAGGCGAUAGGCACCAUUUUCCUUUCUCAGACUGACCCAACGGACGAUGACUGGAAGUCAAUGGCGGCGUUGCGCGACAAGCUGCAGUCCAGGAUCAAGAGCCGGGACGUCAUGCGAAGGGUCAACCCAGAUUCAGGUAUAUCCUCAUUAUUUCCAGAAGAGAAGGUAGCGUUCCGUCGGAUGAUGGCUCGCUAUUGGGAUAAUCAUACUCCCUUCGCUCUAGACCUGGUUGGUGCUGUCAUUCGACAGGGGACUUUUGUUCAAAAAAUGGACAACAUUGAUUGGCUUCACUCGCCUACAGUGAAGGCAACCAUGGACCGCUUGAUCAAAAAAUACGAGGUCUUCUUCCAAAUCAUGGCACAGAACCCACGCAAUAUGGCUGUCCCAACUCUGGAUGUCGAUCUCGCCUGGCAUACCCAUCAGCUAUCGCCUUCAAGAUACUUUGACUACUCCGUCUUUACAACACGGCAACACACCAGGGUUCCCAAGUUCAUUGAUCAUGACGACAAGGUCGAAGAAACCAAAUUAUCGGAUGGAUUUGAGUGGACUAGCAAAAUGUACAAGAAACUCACCAAGGGUGACAUCUACAGCGAGUGCACUUGCUGGUACUGUGAGGCUAUUCGAGCUCCGGAUCUCAGCGACGGUAUUUUUGUCUCCUCAUCAACCUCUCGAGCUCGCGAAGCAGCCGCCAAUCUCCACAAUCGGCCAGAUAUAUCUUCAGAUCCAGAGAAGAACCCUCAUAUCUCCGCGCAUAGUGCUGUCCCAGCGGAGACAAAGAAGACACGUGCCGGCUUUGAUCCUCGAUACGUGAAGCAUCUAAAGCUUCAAAGCAACUACCAAAAGGCACGCCGUCGUGCAGAGAAGCGAGACCGCAAACAAGGCAACAAGGAACAGGACCGUUCUUCAGACGCCACCCUUUAUGCCAUGGCAUAUGGUUAUCCGGUGUAUGUGCCAUACUACGCCCCGUACGUGGCUGACCCCUGCGUUCACUCCAAUGCAUAUCCUUCAAAUCCAGGCUGUAUGAGCUUCGUCUCCGGAGCCCAUGGCAACUGCGCUGCAGGGACCUGUGGAGGCGCCGUUGCGGCCGGCGGCUGCGGUGGGAUGGGAGGGGGAUGCGCUGGUGGAUGUGCUGGCGGGGGAGGGGGCGGAGCAGCGGGUGGCUGUGGAUCAGGAGGUGGUGCAGGUUGCGGCGGAAGUAGCAGUGGUGGAGGUGGGGGCGGGGGCUGUGGUGGUGGUGGAGGUGGAGGAGGCUGUGGAGGAGGUGGUGGUGGUUGCUGA